UGGUUGGGCCACGUGUUGCGUAUGUCUGAACACCGAUUACCACGACGUGUAAUGGUGAUCAGUGUUGUGUAUGAUUUGAAGAAAGUUAGGAGUGGCCAAACCAAAACGUGGCAUCAGUGCUUGAAGACACUAACUUCUGGUUUGAGCCCUGUUGGUAGAUACAGACUACUUGGUUGGGGUCCACGUGACUAUCGUAACCAAUGGUUGGAAACUCUUGGUGACAUGGCUCAGAAUCGAUCACAAUGGCGUCGGUGUAUACACUCUCUGUCUUUCCUUAAACCACUGUUUAUGUGUUUAAAUAAUAAAUAAAUAGAGCUGCAUGUCAACUUGCAGAUAAAAUGUAGAGUAGAAUGAUUGCAGUUUUAGCUUUUAGUUUAUGUUAUUGAUUGAAGCUACUGAGUUUUCGGUUGUAUGAUAUGAUAGCAUUUAAAAACAGUUUAACAAGUUCUUUUUCUUUUGGGUUCAGAAUUAUCUUUCGUCUGUUAUAUUUAGUUUUGCGAAAUAUCCCAAGUAGUUAUUUAUUUUCAAACUAAAUUUUAUUAUCUUGUUCUGUGAUGGUUUUCUGAAUAAUCACAAUGCCGUGCAUUUUUAAUCAUAUAUUUUAGAGGUUCACUCUACACCAGAAGGAAUGAUGGUAAAAGAUAAGAAUCGUCCUAAACCACCGAUGACACCAUAUGCAUGUUUCGUGCAAGUAAUACGUGAGGAACAUCGAAAAAAACAUCCGACAGAGAAUGUUAUUUUCAGUGAAUUUUCUAAGAAGUGUGCAGAAAAGUGGAAGCUCAUGAAUAUGGAACAACGAAAAUGUUUUGAAGAAAUGGCAAAAUUAGAUACGGAGCGAUUCAAUAGGGAAAUGGCUCAUUAUGUACCACCAGUCGGAAUGAAGCGAGGUCGUAGACGGCGACGUAUCAAAGAUCCAAGUAUGCCUAAACGUUCAUGGUCUGCAUUUUUCUUUUUUUGCGAUGCAUUUCGAUCAAAGAUUCGUAGUGAGCACCCCGAUUGGAAGGUUAGUGAUAUCGCCAAGGAGUUAGGUAGACGAUGGGAAGAGUGUUCCGACAAAGAGAAAUACGAAAGACGCGCACAGAAUGAUAAAUUACGUUAUGAACAAGAUAUGGAGAAAUACAAAGCUGGAUUGUAUGUGGCGACCAAACGUGCUCGAGUUGGCGAUCAGACGAAAUCAAACGAAAUACUGCCAUGUUUACAAAAUCAGUCACAUCAUAAGGAGUUAGGACGAGGUGAUGGAGACGAUGAUGAUGGAGAUGAAGAUGAUGUUGAUGAUGAUGAUGAUGACGACGACGAUGAAGAGGAAGAGGAAGAGGGUGAUGGAGCAGAACAAGACGAUGAAGAUAAUGCACAACAACAGUCAAACAGAUCUAACACUCAUGAAAUACCUGUUUGUGGUGAUCACAAAACACCAGAACAAAUUGUCUCCAGUGAUACAAGUAGUAUUAUUAUAAAUACAGGAAAUUAG